GCAGAGCUGGACGGUGUCCCCAAGACCACCCUGUUCAGCGUCAGCCUGGACGCCCUGGCCCUGUGCCUGCUGCGGGCGGGUGGCUACCAAGUGGCAUCUGUGGCCCUGGCCAGGAAGCUGCUGAGCCCUGAGAGCCAAGUCUUCGCGCUGGAAGCCGCGGAGAAGUUUUACGCCCCCCGGGAGUGGGACUGUGCCCAGGCCUUCGCCAAGGUGUGCCAGCACGACUACCAGCAGCCCAUGGCCAUCGCCCAGGUCCUGCCUGCCCUCGUGGGCAAACCCUACCUGGAAGCAGGUAGCCUGAACUGCACGGCCACCGAGGGAGCGACCCCGGGCGUGGAGCUGUCCCCGGCCACGCAGCGGGGGACAACUGAGGGUCAGCAAGAGACCACCAUCACGGUGCACUACACUGUCACCAACAGGCUGCAGGGACAGCCCUUCAGCUUCCAAAUCUCAGUGGAGGUCCCAGCUGGCUCCAUCCUGCUCAAGGUGCUGGAGGAAGCAGAGAAGGAGGAUCCUGAGAACUUCAGCUUCAAGACGGAGAAGACGUCCUGGGGCCCCAUGGUGGUCUCCAUCCAUGGGCUGGCUGCCAACACGGACGACAGGACCUACUGGAAGUUCCUCAGUGGCCAGGAUGCUCUCCAGGAAGGGGUCGGCACCUACAAGCCACACGACGGGGAGCACAUCGAGGCCAUCUUCAGCACCUACUGA